CUAUCCUCGCGAAAUCGGCUCUCCAUUCCUAUAUAAAUAUCGCACCUCUCUUCCACCUCGUUCACAUCAGAUUCCCAAGUCUCCAUUUACAAUCUCUCCGUUUUCAAAGCCAAACCAAAAAUCUCUGAAGAUGCAGAUCUUUGUGAAAACCCUUACUGGCAAGACGAUCACUCUCGAGGUCGAAAGUUCUGACACGAUCGACAAUGUCAAGGCGAAGAUCCAAGACAAGGAAGGUGUUCCGCCGGAUCAACAGCGCUUGAUCUUCGCCGGAAAACAGCUCGAGGACGGCCGUACCCUCGCCGAUUACAACAUCCAGAAGGAAUCGACUCUCCAUCUGGUUCUGAGGCUCCGCGGUGGUAUGCAGAUCUUCGUCAAAACCCUAACCGGAAAGACGAUCACUUUGGAAGUCGAGAGUUCUGAUACGAUCGAAAACGUGAAAGCGAAGAUCCAGGACAAGGAAGGAAUUCCUCCCGAUCAACAGCGUCUGAUCUUCGCCGGAAAACAGCUGGAGGACGGCCGUACUCUCGCCGAUUACAACAUUCAGAAGGAGUCCACGCUCCACCUCGUGCUCCGCCUUCGCGGUGGUAUGCAGAUCUUCGUGAAAACCCUAACUGGCAAGACGAUUACGCUGGAGGUGGAGAGCUCCGAUACGAUCGAUAACGUGAAGGCUAAAAUUCAGGAUAAGGAAGGGAUUCCUCCGGAUCAGCAGCGUCUGAUCUUCGCCGGAAAGCAAUUGGAGGAUGGCCGUACUUUAGCCGAUUACAACAUCCAGAAGGAGUCCACGCUCCACCUCGUCCUCCGUCUCCGCGGCGGUAUGCAGAUCUUCGUGAAGACUCUCACCGGAAAGACGAUUACUUUGGAGGUCGAGAGCUCGGAUACAAUCGACAAUGUCAAGGCAAAGAUUCAGGACAAGGAAGGGAUUCCACCGGACCAGCAGCGUUUGAUUUUCGCCGGUAAACAGCUUGAAGAUGGUCGCACGCUCGCUGAUUACAAUAUUCAGAAGGAAUCUACGCUUCAUUUGGUUUUGCGAUUGAGGGGAGGUAUGCAGAUUUUUGUGAAGACUCUGACUGGGAAGACAAUCACUUUGGAGGUGGAAAGUUCGGAUACGAUUGAUAAUGUGAAGGCAAAAAUUCAGGACAAGGAGGGGAUUCCUCCUGAUCAGCAGAGGUUGAUCUUUGCUGGUAAGCAGUUGGAUGAUGGUCGUACUCUAGCUGAUUACAACAUACAGAAGGAAUCCACCCUCCAUCUUGUGCUUCGUCUUCGCGGUGGAAAUGUCUGAAAGCUUGGGUGGUCUAGUUAUUUCAUCAUCUUAGCGUUUGAGGGUUGAUGGGUCUGUUAUGAACCUGUUAAUCUGGACGUUUGAAUUGUUCUUAAUAAUAGAAUCUUUGUGAAAUUUGAUAUAAUCUCUCUCUCUCUAGAUAUAUGAGUUGCUUUAAUGUUUGCUUAUAUUGCUUUAGCGCAAGAUAGUUGUGAUUUUGUUCAACUAAAUUUGAAACAUAAGAUUACAGUGUAAAGCUUGAUUCUUA